AUGGUAGCAAUUCCCAAGUCGGGUCAUACCGUUGAGGUGUCUAUCAUUGACACCGGGGCUAUCUUAGGAGACAUACCAGCUGCUGUCUUUUGCGAUCCCCAAAUCCCCGGGUUUGAGAGGUUUGAUGGGGUCAGCUAUGUCUUCCUAAUCACCCAUACAGAUCACGCUGGGAACAUCAGACGUGUUCUGUUUGAUCUCGGAACUCGCAAAGACUGGGAAAAUCUUGCCCCGCAUGUUGUCACCCGGGCCAAAGGAAUGGAAGCCAAACUAAUCGUCAAAGAUGAUGUGGCGGAUAUCCUGGUUCGAGAAGGAAUGGCAACGGAGAGCCUGGAAGCUAUGAUCUGGAGCCAUACUCACAUUGAUCAUGUGGGCGAUCCAUCGACCUUCCCAUCCAAUGUCGCCCUGGUCGUUGGUCCGGGUGUCAAAGAAGCCUUUUUGCCAGGAUACCCGGCGAAACAGGAUUCCCCAGUGUUGGAAACCGAUUUUGCCAACCGCCAGGUGAAGGAGCUCGAUUUCACCUCAUCAGACCUGUACAUCGGGGGGCUUCAGGCGCUGGACUACUUUGGUGACGGUAGCUUUUAUCUCCUCGAUGCUCCUGGACACUCCAUUGGACAUGUGAAUGCCCUUGCUCGGACAACAGAAGAUAGCUUCUUGCUAUUUGCAGGCGAUGCGUAUCACCAUCCAUCCCAGCUGCGACCUAGUGCGGAAGUACGUCUGCCCGACCACCUCGACAUUCCCAACUUCGUCCCACGCCCAUGUCCCUGUGAAUUGAUCAAGAAGAUGAGCCCAGCCCAUUCCAGCACAGAGCCUUUCUCAAACCCCGGGCUUGUUUCUCAUAACAAAGAAAAGGCUCAAUAUACAAUUAAAUGCCUCCAAGAAUUCGAUGCCGAUGAAAAUGUCUUAGUGGUUGCGGCGCAUGACUUGAGUUUGCGGCCUUACCUCGACGUCUUUCCCGAAGUUGCGAAUGGUUGGAAAUCCAAGGGUUGGAAACAUCGAUCUAGAUGGGAAUUCCUGAAGGACUAUAAAAACGCGUUAGAGAUGAUUCAUUGA